GUCCUGCAACCAGCAAAUUACACAUCACUCCUGGAUACCAAACAUCUGGACAACAAAGGGCUGAGAGGAGUUUAAACUGAAGCAGCUGUGAGGGAGAGCAGCAGACCGACCGAUCACUUCAACAUGAAUCCUGCUCUGGUUGUGUUAGCGUUGUCUGUGCUGGUUCCAGUGGCAGCUCAGUCCCAAGACCAUUAUGACAUGGACUGGGUCAACACCUACCGACAGGGCUUCAACUUCCAGUGUCCCCAUGGAGAGGUUCUUGUAGCCAUCAGGAGCUACUACAGUGAGAAGGACGGCUCGGAUCGCCUGUGGACAUUUGAGUGCCAGCCAACACCUGAGGGGCUGGGUGAGCCCAGUGACUGCUGGUGGGACGACAUCAGCCGUGCUGGGAUAGAGUGGACAUCGACAUGCACCCGGAAUGGCCUGGUGGCGGGUGUUCAAAGCAAGUACUUUGAAUCUGUACUCGACCGUGAAUGGCAGUUCUACUGCUGCUACUACAAACGCAGAUGCCCCUACUCCUGCAUGAAAACCACUGAUGUACCUGAAUACCACAGAGAAGAGGCAGAAAUGGUUGUACCAAGUUAUGGCUACUUCAUCCGUGGUGCUCAGACCACCUUCAAUGGAGUGCUCAGAGAUCGGCAAUGGAAAUACAUCUUGUGCAGAAUGACAGACUUUGACUGUGAAUUUGAGAAUUUAUAGACUUUUAAGGAGGGUUUCAUUGACAUAUAAACAGUUUAAACAUAUAAUCGCUGCUUCUUUUAACCUGAACAAUAAUAAAGAUUAAACUAAUAUGGUUCAUUUGGUCAUUCUUGUAUUUACUUUUAAUAAAUAGACCACCUCCAGGAAUGUGGUAUAUCCCUGUAAUCACUGCUUUUAUUAGUAUAGCAUGAAGGAUUCAUGCCAUAUAAAGCUAACAGUUCAAAUAAACAUCUGUACAGUGUGUCUACAGGAGAUUUGGGCUCCACAGCGUUUAUUUACCUUUGAGAGAAACUUAAAGUCCUUUGGCAGCCGGUGCUUUCCAAAGCAAAAACCAAUUACUUGAUUUUAUCUUCAUGGUGGUGGAAAAGACCACGCUAGGCUCUGCUCCAAGGCCUCUAAGUUGACGUCAUAAGCUUUUCAGGGUUAUUAAAGUAUUUAGUGAGCAGCCUGUCUUUAAUAUUCUCUUAGUAGUGCCACAAUAUUUGGGAAUAACAAGUUUUUUGCAAACUAAGCAGUGCAUGCCAAUCUGUUCAGUUGAUGCCAGCCUUCUCUUAACUAAAAUGUUAUAUUCAGUUUUGCAGUUAUAUUCUUUACUGAAAUGUAUGUACCAAUGCAAAAAUGGAAAUAAAAUUGUCAUUUAUUUAUAGAAAACU